AAUAUUUCCGUCCAUUUCGGGUCCUUCCUGGUGGUCAAAGCCGCGGCCUGUCUCCAACAUUAGUAGUUAAGUAAGGUUAAAGCGACACCUGCUGUCGCAGUUAGCAUAGCUGAUGCUAAUUCAGGCACUGCCAAUCAAUGUUACCGAACGUUACUCAACGGUUAGCUGCUAGCUAUGAUGUGAUUUAAAAGAGACAGUUUCUUUAAGGAGCCAUAUGGAUUCUCCUCGGCAACCGAAGAACCAGAAUCGAGAGCCAAAGCGCACCCAGAAUCACUCGAGCACUCCUCCACAGAAAGAUGCCUACGCCAGGCUUCUCGGCCAGCACAGCAGCAGCAAGUUCAGCCAGUAUCUAGAGCAAUGUGCAAAGGACACAGUCUUUCAAAGGGAAGGAAAUGGGCAGAGCACACAGCUCAAAGCCCAGAGUGACCGACAGAACAUACCCCAGCGGAAAAGGGACCAAGUGCCCAACGAUUUCUCCGAUUCAAGUGACUUCUCCCCCUCUUCCAUGAAAAGUAAAGGAGAGGAGAGUUCACUGUCUUUGUACAUGGAAAAACUAAGCACCCGCAGUGCUCAGCAGGACUCUGAGAGGAAGCAGGGUGUGUCUGACAGACAGCGGUGGGGACAGAGAAGAGACACCGCCACCAGCCAAGAUGGGGACGUUGAGUCUGGGGAGGAACUUGGUUCUUUACAACCCAAUGACAUGAAGAAAAACCAGAAGCAGCAGAAGAAAAACAAGGACUCUCACAGAGACGUCACCUCCAAAGAGACUGAGUCGUCUGUUGCAUGUCCCCAGUCCCCAAAUAAAGCCAGUACAGGUGAACUUGAGCUAGAGAAGACGAAGAAGGCAAAGAAAAAAACCAAUACAAGGCACCCAGAAGAGGAGAAAAGCGCAGAGGGGGCAUUAACGUCUGGGGUUGACAGUCAAGUGACCAGGCCCAAGUCUCCUCAUGGUAGAGACAAAAAAGUGCAGCAAGGGACAGGUGCCAAUUCUCCUGCUGACAGGAGUAAGAACAGGGGAGGCAGAGGAUCAAGGAAACAGGUCUUUGAAUCCUACAUGACAUUUGAAGAGGUUUCCCAUGGCCUUAAAAGAGAGGAACUCCUUCAGGGGCCGAUAAGAAUCAACCCAAAGAAGUUCCACGAAGCUUUCAUCCCAUCUCCUGAUGAGAAACGGGAUAUAUUCCUGGAUGGGAUCGUAUCUCGCAACAGAGCUCUGAAUGGAGACGUGGUGGUGGUGCAACUCCUUCCUCGGGAGCAGUGGAAGGUUGUAAGGUCAGAUACUGACUGUGAUGGUGCCAGUGAGUCAGACACCCAGAAAGAUAACGUGGUUCAAAGAGCACAGAAGAAGACGGAGCGUAAACCCAGGCCCAAUGUGAAUGUGGAAGACCGGUGUAGCGACCAGGAUGAACUCAUCCGCAAAGUGGAACCUCUGGAAGAACCCACAACCCCACGGCCCAAUGGGGAAAUACUCCAAAAAACUGCUAAAGUGGUUUACAUUGUUGAGAAGAAACACUCGAGGGCGGUGACGGGCUUCCUGAAGUUCCUACCAGAUAAGCCUUUUGCCAUGUUCUCCCCCGUGGACCACCGGGUGCCACGGAUAAACGUUCCCCUCGCUGAAUGUCCCGAAAACUUUACUUCCCGCCCGGGCGACUACACCAACACCUUGUUCAUAUGCCGGAUCAUCGACUGGCCGGCAGACAGCAACUUUGCAGAAGGUCAACUUGCUAAGACCCUGGGUCAGGCAGGAGAAAUCGAGCCGGAGACGGAGGGCAUCCUGAUUGAGUACGAGGUGGAUUUUACUGAGUUCUCAACUGAGGUGUUGGACUGCCUGCCGAAGAACCUGCCCUGGACCAUCCCACCAGAGGAGAUGAGCAAGAGAAAAGACUUAAGGAAGGAGUGUAUUUUCACCAUCGACCCUGCUACCGCCAGAGACCUGGACGAUGCUCUCUCCUGUAAACUACUCCCUGAUGGUAACUUUGAGUUGGGAGUCCACAUCGCUGACGUGAGUUACUUUGUGGGUGAGGACAACGCUCUGGAUUCUAUCGCCAGCCGAAGAGCAACUAGUGUGUACAUGGUUCAAAAGGUGAUCCCCAUGUUGCCCAGGCUGCUGUGUGAGGAGCUGUGCAGUCUCAAUCCUCUCAUUGACAGGCUCACUUUCUCCGUCAUUUGGAAAAUCACACCGGAGGGGAAGAUCCUGAGCGAGUGGUUUGGCCGCUCUGUCAUCCGCUCCUGCGUGAAGCUAAGCUACGACCACGCUCAGAGCAUGAUCGACGCCCCCGACAAGAUGUUCUCCGCGGAGGAGCUGCCACCCACAGACCCCGAGCACCCCGUCGACGAGAUCCAUCAGGCUGUGCUCCACCUGCACUCCAUCGCCAAGAACCUCCGAGCUCAGCGCUUCUCAGGAGGAGCCCUCAGACUGGACCAGUUGAAACUGGCUUUUACCCUGGACAAAGAGACCAUGAUGCCUCAAGGCUGCUACGUUUACCAGUACAGAGACAGCAACAAGUUGGUGGAGGAGUUCAUGUUGCUGGCUAACAUCGCCACAGCCCAUCACAUCCACUCCAAAUUCCCUCAGCUGGCCCUGCUCAGGCGCCACCCCCCACCCAAGGCCAAAAUGGCGGAGGAGCUGCAGGAGCUUUGUGACCAGCUGGGAAUCGACAUAGAUCUGUCCUCUGCAGGAGCGCUGCAUAAGAGUCUCCACACCACUCUCGGAGAUGAUGAGUAUACCGCUGCCAGAAAAGAAGUCCUCACCCACAUGUGCUCCAGACCCAUGCAGAUGGCGCUGUACUUCUGUUCAGGAACUCUUAAGAUGGAGGACCUCUUUAAGCACUACGCCCUGAACGUUCCUCUCUACACUCACUUCACAUCCCCCAUCAGGCGCUACGCCGACAUCAUCGUCCACCGGCUGCUGGCCUACUCACUGAACUGUGGACCCAGUUUGGGGCUCUCAACACAGGAUGUGGAAAAGCAGGCGUCCCACUGCAACGAAAGGAAGACUCUGUCCAAGAGAGUCCAGGAGCUCAGCUCUGAGCUCUUCUUCGCAGUGUUUGUAAAGGAUUGUGGCCCUCUGGACUCUGAGGCCAUGGUGAUGGGGGUCCUGGAUCAGUCCUUUGAUGUGCUGGUUCUCCGAUACGGAGUACAGAAACGCGUCUACUGCAAGUCGAUUACGGGCCUGAGCUCUUUCCGCCAUCAUAAGGUGGGGAAGAAAUCUGAGCUGACGCUGCUCUGGAUACCAGAGGACCUGAACAAAGCUCCAGUAGAGCAGGUAAUUUCGAUCUUCACGUUAGUGGAGGUGCAGCUGAAAGCGGACGGUGCGCCCAUGAAAUACAGUGCAGUGCUGAAGAGGCCCGAGGAGAAGGAAGAGUAAACACCUAAAUGUGCUGUAGAGCACACAAACACUUGGAUGGAAAUUUGGAAUUGCAAAUUCCAAAAAAGUAGUAUUUUAGGAGCAGUAUUAGCAGUAGGCUAGGUGGUUAGCAGGGAAAUCACCGUCAAUCAGAUUUCAAUUGAAGUUUCCCAUCUUCUUAAGUCCCAAUCCAGGUGUUUUUGAUUUUUAAUAUUAGCCCACUUACUGCAAAUAACCCACAGUUAUGUUCUGGAUGAUUGCCAAUUUUCCAAAGUAUAUUAUUGUGUUCAAUAGUUCUCAUGUUGCUAUCAUAGUUACUUUUUUUUGCGUAAUACAUGGAAGGCCACAUUUAGAGACAUGAAACAGGUUCCCAUUCACAAGGCAUUAAAGGCUUUCAGUCUUUAAAAUGAACAGAAAUAAAAGUAGAAUACGUUUUAAAACGUCUACCAAGGUAUGCAUUGGAAAAGUGCUGACUGUGACGUGUGAUUUACAGUAAUUGGUUUAAAACAUGUGAACACUGAUUUUUUUUAUUUAAGCCUCAGUGAUUCACUUCAAUAUUUUAUGUAAUUCAGUGGAUGGGCUUCAAUUUAAAUUGUGACGCAAGUCUGACGGUGAAAUAACCUAUGCAGCAACUACUUUUUAUGUUGCUGCGGAUUUAUUGACCUUUAUGAGGACCGUUGUGAUAUAACUGUUGUACACAGUCUAAUGCGCGAAAGCUGAUUUUCAGUUUAAUAUCAAUGACUAGUUUGAGAUUCUAGAUUGAGUUAAGAGCCUUAUUUGUGUUUGCAGAGCAAAAGAGUAUACCACACGACUGACGUUUACUUAUUUGUCUGUCUAUGGUUGUUGUUAUAUAACUUGUUGUGAAGAUACAUACAUAAAACAGGGAAACAUGUAGCAGUAAAAGCAAGUUUAUAAUCGACAUUAUAACGACCGAACCGGUGGAUUAACGCUUGCUUAGACAAAAUAACAGCUUCUGCCAUCCAUGACUUUUUAUAUUGUUGUAUGUAUUUAAAGGUUUUAUACUGAAGAGUUUUCAGAUUCUUCUGGGGGCUUUAAGGUACACAUCAUAGGAGUUUUGGUUUGAUUUAAAUUCUUAAAGGAGGAUGUAUCCAACACAUUGUUUUAGAAUUUCUUGAAAUGCUACCAAAAAAAGGUUGGUGGCCUUGAGAUCUUGAAUUCCAAUUGUAAUCUGUGGGGAUUUCAUUCUCAGAAUGUAUUUCUGUAGCACACAUUCUAAAUGAACCUCAUUAAUAUCAACUGUGAAUUUCAGCCUUAAUUUAAUCAAGAGAAGAUAAAAGAUCAUUUUAGUGAAGCUGCACAUUUUUUUUAAAGAUUGUGGGCCUUCGAUUUUGCUUUAAUUGAGUCAAUGUGCCUCUUUUUUACUCAGUGCCAUGUAGUAUCAUAAAAUCUGCUGCUAUGUCUGCACAACUUUCUUUUAUUUUUGGAUUUCAAGCCUCUUUUGUUUUGAUUUUUUGAAGAACAUUAGCUCACUUUAAUUUUUUACGUUUUGUUUUUCACAGACUUUAAAAGUAUUUUAAACAUGCAAGUUAAGUUAUGGUGCAAAACAACUGUACUGAGUCAUUGGGAUGGUCUGCGAUUGGUUGGGAAAACAAAUCUAUUUAAUUGGAAACCUUACAUACAUCAAAAGUACGAUUUCUGUGUAUUUAGCAAUGUUAUAUUGUAAGAUGUUACUUUGAGUUAUGUCAGUAUUUGAAGUGCAUUUGUACUGUGCUUAAACCAUCAUCCAGAGCAAUAUAUACUGUAGUUGUGCUUGUCUAUUGGGAAAUAAAAGACCUACAUGAAUGACUAAAA